AUGAUUACAGACGAUGGUGGAAGCCACACGCAUUUGAUAGACGAAGUGCUUCUGACGAACUUUAAGACAAAUCACCAUGGCUUCUCUCAAAAAUGCUGCCAAGAGCAGACAGAAGCCACACAGAGAACGUAGCCAGCCUGAAAGUCGAGCCAAGCUUGGGUUUUUGGAGAAGAAAAAAGAUUACAAACAGAGGGCAGAAGAAUUUCAUCGUAAGGAAAGCACAUUGACAGCUCUGAGACGAAGGGCUUUAAACAGAAAUCCUGAUGAGUUCUACUUUAACAUGGUUCGCACGAAGAAAGUGGAUGGAGUGCAUCAACCCCGAGAGGAAAGAGAGCCUGAAUAUACGGAGGAACAGAUUAAACUGAUGCGCUCACAAGAUAUAAGAUAUGUUAACUUCAAGAGAACUGCAGAAUUAAAAAAAAUUGAAAGGCUGAAGUCAGAGUUACAUCUGUUGGAUGCGCAGGAUAAGCCUCAAAACAAACACACAAUAUUUGUGGAUUCCAAAAAAGAUGUGAAGACGUUUGAUGCUGCAAGUCAUUUCAACACCCACCCAGCCCUGGUAGGAAGACGAUACAACAGACCCACCUGGGAUACACUAGAAAAACACCAGACACCGGUCUUUGAUGAGGAAAUGAUGCAGGACCUAGCCUCAGAAAAACAGAAAAAAUACAAGGAGUUGACCAAAAGGAUAGAACGUGAAAGAGAGUUGAGUAUAAUAGCUCAGAAGAUGGAAGUCCAGAAACGAUUAAUGGACAAAAAGGCCAAGAAGAAGAAAAUAGCGGAUGAAACUAAAGAAAGUGCAGCGCAGUAUAGAUGGUGUGCCAAAAGGAAAAGAUAGUGAUCAGCAGUGGUCACGCACAUGUUGAUGCUAUGAAAUGGAGGAAAAACAUGUUUGAACUGUGAAUUUUGAAUAAUAAAUGAGGUG